GUUAGACCUAGUGUCCCCCCUGUCAGUUCUGCUCUGUUGGGGAAAUUCAUGAGGAAGAAAAAUCUGCAUGGAAAAAAAAGAAAAACUUCAAAUGCUGCAGGUGAAGGACUUAUGAAGAGAGCAACUAGCAUGUUUUAGCUGAAAACCCUGGACAACAAAAGAGCAAUACACCGAAAAGUGUCUCUACCCAAAGACUCUACCUGGCUUUUUUGAGGAUACAAGAAAGAAUGAGUUAUUACAGUAGCAACUAUCCCAUCAUCAAUGUGGACGCCAAAUACCCAGGAUACCCACCAGAGCACGUUAUAGCGGAGAAGAGAAGGGCAAGAAGGCGUCUGCUUCACAAAGAUGGCAGCUGUAAUGUAUACUUCAAGCACAUUUUUGGAGAAUGGGGGAGCUACGUGGUGGAUAUUUUUACCACGCUCGUUGACACCAAAUGGCGCCAUAUGUUUGUGAUAUUUUCUUUGUCUUAUGUGCUCUCCUGGUUGAUAUUUGGUUCUAUCUUUUGGCUGAUUGCUUUUCAUCACGGGGAUCUGAAAAAUGAUCCAGCUAUCACUCCUUGUGUGGACAACGUCCAUUCCUUCACAGGAGCCUUUCUAUUUUCUCUGGAGACCCAAACUACCAUUGGUUAUGGUUACCGCUGUGUCACGGAGGAGUGUUCCAUUGCGGUACUCAUGGUGAUCUUACAGUCCAUUUUAAGCUGCAUCAUCAAUACCUUCAUCAUUGGAGCAGCCUUGGCCAAAAUGGCAACUGCACGGAAAAGGGCCCAGACCAUUCGGUUCAGCUAUUUUGCACUCAUAGGCAUGCGAGAUGGGAAGCUUUGUCUUAUGUGGCGGAUAGGGGAUUUUCGACCAAACCAUGUGGUAGAAGGCACAGUCCGAGCCCAACUUCUCCGUUAUACAGAAGACAGUGAAGGAAGGAUGACAAUGGCGUUUAAAGACCUGAAGUUGGUCAAUGACCAGAUCAUCCUGGUGACCCCAGUAACAAUUGUUCAUGAAAUCGAUCAUGAGAGCCCAUUGUAUGCUCUUGACCGAAAAGCUGUGGCCAAAGAUAACUUUGAGAUUUUGGUGACAUUUAUCUACACUGGUGAUUCGACGGGGACAUCCCACCAAUCCAGGAGUUCCUAUGUACCGCGGGAAAUUCUCUGGGGCCAUCGAUUUAACGAUGUCUUGGAGGUAAAGAGAAAGUACUACAAGGUGAACUGCUUACAGUUCGAGGGGAGUGUGGAAGUCUAUGCUCCCUUUUGCAGUGCCAAACAAUUGGACUGGAAAGAUCAGCAGCUUCUUCACAAUAUGGAAAAAGGCCCAACACUUCGAGGAUCUGGGGCCUCAGACACCAAGGCCAGAAAAAGGUCUUUUAGUGCAGUUGCCAUUGUCAGCAGUUGUGAAAACCCAGAGGAGACUGCCACCUGUGUGACAGAUGACUGUAAGGAAGCCCCUUACCAGAAGGCUCUUCUGACUUUAAAUAGGAUCUCAGUAGAAUCCCAAAUGUAGUUCUUGAGGGAAGGACAAGAAUGAUCACUCCAUUAUUUAAUUCUCUAGCUGAUCACUUCCUGGCCUGUUGCUUAAACAGAGUUUUCGUAUAACUCUGUUUUGAUGAUUGCAGGGCUAAGUAGAGUGGGUUCAUUAUGGUUAAAAA